UAUAUAUUCUCAUUCCAUUUGUAUUUUAUGGUAAUCAUAUUGUUGCUUUUUUUAUCAUAUACUAUUUUAUGUCAAAAUUUAUUUUCAAGGUUGUUUUAAUCCUUCACUUUCUUAAUUGAAAGUAUUACAACAAUGGGAAGGAAGAGAAAAUUAAAUAUUGGGAGCCGCAUAUUAAAAGAAUCAAACCAAGGAAGUAAUGCUACUCCUACAACCUUAACUCAGGCCCAAGGAAGUAACACCGAAGAAACAAAUACUGCCUCAAAUCAAGCCCAAGGAAGUAAUGUUGAAGAAACUCAUACAACCUCAUCUCAUGCCCAAGGAAAUAAUGUUGAAGAAAUUCAAAGAACCUCAACUUAUGCCCAAGGAAGUAGUGUUGAAGAAAUUCGCUCCAACCCUAGUCAUAUGGAAGAUGAAACACACGAGUCUGAAGAUUCCUACUCCAUUCCUUCUGAUAUAGAAGCAGAAGAAGCUCAUAUUGACAAAGAGGUUGAACCUAAAAAAUUAAGAGGCCCGACAAGAAUGUUAGAUGUAUGGGACAUGGACUCUGGUGAUUUCAUAAUUGUUAAUUUGGAUAAGUAUGGUCGACUCAUUGGUGAGGAAGGGACUACUCUUACUCGUUUCAUAGGAAGUAUGGUUCGAAGGAAUCAGUAUGCUUCCAUUGAAUACAUAUCUUGGGAAAAAAAUGCCUGAUGAGGAAAAAGAAGAGAUGUUGAAAUUUAUAGAGGUAUUAUAAUUUUAUAUUUAAAUCAUGAUGUGUUAAAAUUUAUAUUAUCAUUUAUUUUAUGUUAUGCAUGUUUAAGAUUUCUAUAUUUUUUUAGUCCAAAUUUGAAUUUGUUCCUCCUAUAAAUGACACGAUAAGGGAAAUGUUGAAAUCUGAUAUGAACGAGAAAUGGAGACAAUGGAAGAGCGAUUUAGAAUCAAAGGCAUAUGACCCAAGUAAAACGGAAGAAGAAAUUGCAUCUGUUGUACCAGAUAGUAGGGUUGAUCCAAAUCAAUGGAGACAUUUGGUUCAUCAUUGGUUUUCUCAAGACGGACAAAAAAUAAGUAAAAUUAAUGCACAAAACCGUGCUAAGUUUGAAGAUGUUCAUUGUAUGGGUAUAAAAAGUCUCCCAAAAUUGAUAGAUGAAAAG